AUGAAAUUGUGCCGAAGUUUAAUCACCCCACAAACCAAAAAUUUCCGAGUGUGCAAAGAGCAUUAUUUCAGAUCGGUUCGGAAUAUUAUCAACCAGCUAGAAAUCGUGUCAAGAAACAUCAAUCCAUCGACAAUCGCUGAACAAAGAUGGCAGAAAAUCGAAGAAAUGCUUUCCGCUGAUACAAAACUCUUUGUCGCGCCAAAUGAACUCCGCAAUCGGACUAUCGCAUAUAUUCGAAGUGGAUUUCGACAUUUCCCAUUUGCUAUUCAACCAAUAUUCAUGGAUAUGUUUUCUGAUUUGGAUUUCACAUCCGUCUCCUCGCAAUCGUUUCCUCGAAUAAAGCAACAACGCAAAGAAGAAAGAGAAUGCGAUCAACCGAAUUGGAUAAGCAAUUCCUCAUGGAAUGCUUCUGAGCCGCCUCCUCUCGAGGAUCCCAAAGAACUCUACGAGGAAGAAGAAAAUAAGCCGUCUCUUGGAGAUUACAAAUGCCAUGGGGUCAGUUAUUCGAAUACUACUCGAGCGACUAUGCGAUUCCUCAGCUUCUUGCUCAUUCUUUCGAUUCUCGCCUGCUCGAAAGCCUACUACAUCUAUUACUACUACCCGAGUGGCUAUAACAAUCAGCAAACCACCUAUUACUACUACCCGAACAACAACAAUAAUGGGCAGACUACUUACUAUUAUGACUCUGGAUGUUCCAACUGCUACUAUCCGUCGAAUGGAUACCAAACAACUUACUACUACCCGUACACUUAUUAUUAUUAUACGUAUGGCAAACGAUAA